AAACAGUCAUAUAGCCUCUAGCUUGACAAAGAUUGUUUUAGAUCUAUACGUUUAUAAACCGUUCAUAAUUGCGGUUUCGGGGUUUUGUUCUAAUCGACAUCGAAAAUUAGAAACACACAAGCAGUUUCUCGAAACGGCUUCUAGAUUACAGUCCCCGGGAGUGGCACGCUUGAGUUCUGCAUAUUGAUAACUUUCGACACAUCGUUCUAGCUCACUUACUCACAAUCAACCAGCAGGCGCGAGCGCAGCAUAAUCGUUACCACUUGUUUUGCGUUCUGUGCCAUUACUGCUAGUGAGUAUAUGUAUGAGCUGUGAACUGCUGCGGGUGGGCCCUGCUGAUGCUGAAAGCCAGGCAAGACGCACAUUGACUGGAAUAUCAAAUUACACAGCGCGCACUUCCAGACAGGACGGAAGAGGAACGGACAGGCCGGUUCCGAUUGGCGCCUUGUCUUCGGUUUAAUCCAACCUACCCGUGACAGUCAGAACACGAUCAACGACCGGGACAGACGGAAGGAUAUUCGGACGAUUAUCGCGGUUUGAGGCAAAUCAUAAGUACAUAAUACCUAACUGUGGUGACAUUCAAAAUCGAAUGGUUCUCAAGUGAUCAAGUGCUGCAGUUUUCGGAGUGAAAAGUUUGUGACUUGUGAUAAUAAUGUUGUACUUGAAAAUUAUUGCUGUGGGAUUAUGUUCGACGGUCGUGUUGAAUGCUGUUCAAGCUGCGGAGCCGUGUUCCAAUAGUACGAUUAAAAUUGGAUAUGUGCGCAAAAAUGGAAAGAACGUCAUGGUAGCUCGCAACAAGUGCUGCAAGGGUUACACCCGCCAAAAAAACAAAUGCAUCCCGGUAUGCGCCCAGACGUGCGAAAAUUCCAAAUGCACCGGUCCUGACCUGUGCACCUGUAAUCCAGGCUACCAGCAGCUAUCGAACUUUAGAUGCAUUCCUCAUUGCGAACUCUGUGACAACGGAUUCUGCAUCCGACCCGGAUACUGUCAGUGCGAUUCCGGCUUCUCCCAUGCACCGAACGGUAGCUGUCAAGCAGAGUGCAACAACUGCGAAAACGGUUUCUGCUCCGAACCGAACGUUUGUCGCUGUCGAGAGGGAUACCGAUUGGAUAGCGUGGAUGACUUGCGAGUCUGCGAACCCGAAUGUGACGGUGGUUGCCCGAACGGAAAAUGUGUUGCACCCAAUGAAUGCAUCUGCGAGGAAGGGUUUAUCAAAACCGACUCCGGAAAGUGUGAGGUAGACAAACCACCAACGACGACUCCCGAACCUUGUGAACAAGGCUACGAGGAGAGCAAUGGAACGUGUGUUCCAAUUUGUAACGAACAAUGUAUUCACGGCGAAUGUAUGGCUCCGAAUCAGUGCGAAUGCUACGAAGGAUACUCGAAUGCUAACUCUACGGCGAAUCAUCUAUGCCUGCCGGUUUGCUCGAACGGCUGUUUGAACGGAGACUGUAUAGCUCCCAGAAAGUGCAUUUGUCAUAAAGGCUACGGAAAGAUUGCGGACGAGUGCAUUCCACUGUGCGAACGGUGCUCCCUAGGACACUGUGUUCGUCCAGAUGAAUGCAUUUGCGAUCGAGGAUAUGAUCUGAUUGAUGGCGAUUGCGUUCCGAUUUGUGAGGAAGAGUGUAAAAAUGCUCGGUGUACCGGACCGAACUCAUGUACGUGCCUACCGGGCUUCAACUAUACGGAUAUUAAUUCACUAUUUGAGUGCUUACCGGUGUGUGAUGAUGAUUGUGAAAAUGGGGUCUGUGUCGCGCCAAACACGUGCGAAUGUAAUCCAGGAUUCGUGAAAGAUGACGACGCCUGUGUGGAUCCGAUUGUGGUGUGUCAAGCGAGAUGUGUCAACGGUAUCUGUAACGGGGAUGCAAAGUGUGUUUGUAAUCACGGCUACAUUAUGAACAUGAUUGGUUUGUGUGAAAAGACCUGUCCAGAUGGCUGUGUCCACGGAGAAUGUGUGGGUGGCGAGUGUUUAUGUAAUGAAUACUACCGGCUUACAGAGACGAACUCUUCAGUUUGUGAGCCGAUUUGCGAUGAUGGCGACGAUGACGAAUACGAGAAUGGGUGCUUGAAUGGCAGAUGCAUCGAGCCCAACGUCUGUCAGUGCGAUGAUGGCUAUGACUUCGUUGAUGGAAGCCGAAUGCGGUGCCAAUCGGUUGAAGAACUUCGGCUGGAAAAGGAAAGGCAAUUGAAGGAAAAAAUGUGUUUGAGCGAAUGCAGUAAUGGAGUGUGCGAGCAAGGCUACUGUCAGUGUUCGAUGGGUUAUGUGAAUCCCAAAGAACAGAACCAUCGAUGCGUUCCAGCAUGUGAACCUGAGUGCCAGAAUGCCAGUUGUGUGUUACCCAAUCGCUGCGAGUGUGAUUUAGGGUACGAAUUUUACAAUCACAGUAGCACAGUUUGUAUCCACGAAGAGGACAUUAGACGCUUCAAGACACAGCAGAAGCAAGAGUAUUGUGAAGAAAACUGUCAGAAUGGUAAUUGUGAAGAGGGAAAGUGUUUUUGCAUAGUGGGUUUCCGUACUUCGGCUAGUGACGAAUUUAACUGUCAGCCAUAUUGUGACCGACCGUGCUUGAAUGGAGUUUGUGCUGGUAACAAUCGCUGCAGAUGUUUUGAAGGAUACAGAAAUGAUGACAAUGGUAGCGCUUGUGAACCAGAGUGCGAACAUGAAUGCUUGAACGGUCAUUGUGCUGGACCCAAUGAGUGUAAAUGUGAUCCCGGUUAUGUGUUUGAAGCGGGAAGUGUAAACGUUUGUGAAAAUGAGUUAUCGAAAAAGGAAAUUAUUGCCAAUGAGAAACAGCUGGCUUGUAAAACGAAGUGUGAUAAUGGUAUCUGUAUCGAAGGACUAUGUGAAUGUUCCGAUGGGUAUCAUAAUGCGGACAAAUCGAAACUAACGUGCGAACCGUUGUGUCCACAAGGAUGUGAAAACGGUGAAUGUUUGGCUCCUGGGGAGUGUUUGUGUGCUGAAGGCUAUGAAUUAACCAGUGAACAUGGCUGUGAGCCGAUUUGCGAACAAGAUUGUGUGAACGGAUUCUGUGGUGCACCAGGAAAGUGUGAAUGCUCAGCAGGUUACGCAAGGACGGAUACCGAAAGUAUGUGCGUAGCCGAUUGCGGUAAAGAGGGUUGUAUAAAUGGACACUGCGUUGCUCCAAAUGUUUGUGAAUGCUUUGCCGGUUAUCAGCAGAAUGAAGAGGAAGGGACAAGCUGUCAGUUAAUACCGGAGAUUAUCUAUAAAGUAGACAGCGACACUCUAAUCUACAAUGUGGCCUAUAUCAAAUACUUCAUCCCGUUGGUCGUGAUAGCGAUUCUCAUCACGGCUGCCAUCAUCACGAUGAUAGUGCUGCGCAACAAGAGAAAAGACUACCACGUGGGCAAGCUGGGUAACGUCGGCCGAGCGUCACGCACAACCGAUUACAUUGAUUAUAACCUGGUCGUUCUUUUCCCUACAGAGACGAAGGAAAAUUGCGUCUACUUUAUGCCCCAGCCACCGGAUGCAGCAAAGGACGAUGAGGACAGUGUUUUUAGUGUAAUGUUGUACUUGAAAAUUAUUGCUGUGGGAUUAUGUUCGACGGUCGUGUUGAAUGCUGUUCAAGCUGCGGAGCCGUGUUCCAAUAGUACAGUUAAAAUUGGAUAUGUGCGCAAAAAUGGAAAGAACGUCAUGGUAGCUCGCAACAAGUGCUGCAAGGGUUACACCCGCCAAAAGAACAAAUGCAUCCCGGUAUGCGCCCAGACGUGCGAAAAUUCCAAAUGCACCGGUCCUGACAUGUGCACCUGCAAUCCAGGCUACCAGCAGCUAUCGAACUUUAGAUGCAUUCCUCAUUGCGAACUCUGUGACAACGGAUUCUGCAUCAGACCCGGAUACUGUCAGUGCGAUUCCGGCUUCUCCCAUGCACCGAACGGUAGCUGUCAAGCAGAGUGCAACAACUGCGAAAACGGAUUCUGCUCCGAACCGAACGUUUGUCGCUGUCGAGAGGGAUACCGAUUGGAUAGCGUGGAUGACUUACGAGUCUGCGAACCCGAAUGUGACGGUGGUUGCCCGAACGGAAAAUGUGUUGCACCCAAUGAAUGCAUCUGCGAGGAAGGGUUUGUCAAAACCGACUCCGGAAAGUGUGACGUAGACAAACCACCAACGACGACUCCCGAACCUUGUGAACAAGGCUACGAGGAAAGCAAUGGAACGUGUGUUCCAAUUUGUAACGAACAAUGUAUUCACGGUGAAUGUAUGGCUCCGAAUCAGUGCGAAUGCUACGAAGGAUACUCGAAUGCUAACUCUACGGCGAAUCAUCUAUGCCUGCCGGUUUGCUCGUACGGCUGUUUGAACGGAGACUGUAUAGCUCCCAGAAAGUGCAUUUGUCAUAAAGGCUACGGAAAGAUUGCGGACGAGUGCAUUCCACUGUGCGAACGGUGUUCCCUGGGACACUGUGUUCGUCCAGAUGAAUGCGUUUGCGAUCGAGGAUAUGAUCUGAUCGAUGGCGAUUGCGUUCCGAUUUGUGAGGAAGAGUGUAAAAAUGCUCGGUGUACCGGACCGAACUCAUGUACGUGCCUACCGGGCUUCAACUAUACGGAUAUUAAUUCACUAUUUGAGUGCUUACCGGUGUGUGAUGAUGAUUGUGAAAAUGGGGUCUGUGUCGCGCCAAACACGUGUGAAUGUAAUCCAGGAUUCGUGAAAGAUGACGACGCCUGUGUGGAUCCGAUUGUGGUGUGUCAAGCGAGAUGUGUCAACGGUAUCUGUAACGGGGAGGCAAAGUGUGUCUGCAAUCACGGCUACAUCAUGAACAUGAUUGGUUUGUGUGAAAAGACCUGUCCAGAUGGCUGUGUCCACGGAGAAUGUGUAGGUGGCGAGUGUUUGUGUAAUGAAUACUACCGGCUUACAGAGACGAACUCUUCAGUUUGUGAGCCGGUUUGCGAUGAUGGCGACGAUGACGAAUACGAGAAUGGGUGCUUGAAUGGCAGAUGCAUCGAACCCAACGUCUGUCAGUGCGAUGAUGGCUAUGACUUCGUUGAUGGAAGCCGAAUGCGGUGCCAAUCGAUUGAAGAACUUCGGCUGGAAAAGGAAAGGCAAUUGAAGGAAAAAAUGUGUUUGAGCGAUUGCAGUAACGGAGUGUGCGAGCAAGGCUACUGUCAGUGUUCGAUGGGUUAUGUGAAUCCCAAAGAACAGAACCAUCGAUGCAUUCCAGCAUGUGAACCUGAGUGCCAGAAUGCCAGUUGUGUGUUACCCAAUCGCUGCGAGUGUGAUUUAGGGUACGAAUUUUACAAUCACAGUAGCACAGUUUGUAUCCACGAAGAGGACAUUAGACGCUUCAAGACACAGCAGAAGCAAGAGCAUUGUGAAGAAAACUGUCAGAAUGGUAAUUGUGAAGAGGGAAAGUGUUUCUGCAUAGUGGGUUUCCGUCCUUCGGCAAAUGACGAAUUUAACUGUCAGCCAUACUGUGACCGACCGUGCUUGAAUGGAGUUUGUGCUGGUAACAAUCGCUGCAGAUGUUUUGAAGGAUACAGAAAUGAUGACAAUGGUAGCGCUUGUGAACCAGAGUGCGAACAUGAAUGCUGGAACGGUCAUUGUGCUGGACCCAAUGAGUGUAAGUGUGAUCCCGGCUAUGUGUUUGAAGCGGGAAGUGUAAACAAAUGUGAAAAUGAGUUCUCGAAAAAGGAAAUUAUUGCCAAUGAGAAACAGCUGGCUUGUAAAACGAAGUGUGAUAAUGGUAUCUGUAUCGAAGGACUAUGUGAAUGUUCCGAUGGGUAUCAAAAUGCGGAUAAAUCGAAACUAACGUGCGAACCGUUGUGUCCACAAGGAUGUGAAAACGGUGAAUGUUUGGCUCCUGGGGAGUGUUUGUGUGCUGAAGGCUAUGAAUUAACCAGUGAACAUGGCUGUGAGCCGAUUUGCGAACAAGAUUGUGUGAAUGGAUUCUGUGGUGCACCAGGAAAGUGUGAAUGCUCAGCAGGUUACACAAGGACGGAUACCGAAAGUAUGUGCGUAGCCGAUUGCGGUAAAGAGGGUUGUCUAAAUGGACACUGCGUUGCUCCAAAUGUUUGUGAAUGCUUUGCCGGUUAUCAGCAGAAUGAAGAGGAAGGGACAAGCUGUCAAUUAAUACCGGAGAUUAUCUAUAAAGUAGACAGCGACACUCUAAUCUACAAUGUGGCCUAUAUCAAAUACUUCAUCCCGUUGGUCGUGAUAGCGAUUCUCAUCACGGCUGCCAUCAUCACGAUGAUAGUGCUGCGCAACAAGAGAAAAGACUACCACGUGGGCAAGCUGGAGACGAAGGAAAAUUGCGUCUACUUUAUGCCCCAGCCACCGGAUGCAGCAAAGGACGAUGAGGACAGUGUUUUUAGUGUGUAGAUUUUGUUUCUACGUUGAAAGAAGCAUGGUAUUUUACCUAGCAGAAUGUCAUCAAUUUGUAAAUAAUAUACUGUAUGAUACGCUGUAUUUUAAUCGUAAAUGAGACGAACUGUGUUUAAUUUAUUUUGUAUAACAAACUGCGAAUUGAAUAAAUAUAAAAAAUAAUAGCGAGUAUCGCUAUCGAGAACA